AUGCCCGAACCAACACAAGCACCAGCCGCGAAACCGCGCUGGAUUAUCCUCGCGAUCGCAUCCGGCGCGUUCGCUGCUCUCAACGGGCUUUUCGCAAAACUCACAACGGACGAACAGACAGAAUCCUUCGCAAAUGGUAUCCUGAGCAUCUUUGGCGCGAGCACGGAGAAUCACCCGUUUCUGUUGCUGCUUAUUCGGGGGAUCUGCCUGGGCCUCAACGUCCUCUGCAACAUCAUCAUGUGGGCUUUGUUUACACGGGCGCUGACGGCGGGCCCGUCGACGACAAAGGUGUCGAUCACGAACACGUCGGCGAACUUUCUUGUCACCGCGUUGCUGGGGAUGAUUGUGUUUCGCGAGAAAGUUGCGGGGCUAUGGUGGCUGGGGGCUGGAAUGAUGGGGGGUGGGUGUAUCUUGGUGGGGAUGAGGGAGCAGGAGGCGUCUUGA